AUUGAUAAUAUCAAUUGACCUGUCACAAUCAGCUGAUGAAUGUAUGCACAUAUACAGUAUUAUAUUUUAUUUUUUAUUUUACAUUAAAAACAUUAAAAAUGUCGAAAUUUCGACUUUCUUCAGUAUGGGAACUGUCAUCUAAUUUUUCAUCAAAUCGAUAUUUCUCAAAAUUAUUAUCAUCUCCAUGGUGUCAAACUUCAAAUCAACAAACGAACAGAAAUUUAACAACCAAAGCUGAUACGAAUAUUACAGAAGAUGAUUUAAUUAUUAGUGAAAGUUGCGCAAAACGAUUAAAAGAUAUAACUGAAGACGGUACAUGUUUAAGGCUGACAGUUGAAGGAGGUGGAUGUUCAGGUUUUCAGUACAAAUUUGAUUUAGAUUCAAAUAUAAAUGCUGAUGACAAAGUAUUUCAAAAAGACGGAGCUAAAGUUGUAAUUGAUUCAACGUCAUUGGAGUAUGUUAAAGGUGCAACCAUUGAUUUUCAUUCAGAAUUAAUAAGAUCUGCUUUUAGAAUAAUAAAUAAUCCGUUGGCAGAACAAGGUUGUAGUUGUGGUGCUAGUUUUGCUAUUAAAGUUGAUUAAUGAUAAUAAAUUAUCGAUAAUUAUUUAUAAAUAUGUACAAGUAGAUAAAAAUAAAUUAUAUUUCUUGUCUUUUAAACGAGAAAAAA